GCAACCUCUGUGGGGCGGAGUCGGGAGAGAUCUGUCCAAUUCCAGGCCUUGAAAGCUCAGUUCCGGAGGGGGCGGGGCGAACAGGGAAGUGGCGACGGUCGGCUUUGCAUAAAGAUGCCCAGAUUAGCAUAACCAGUGCAGGCAGGUAUUUAAAGGAGUCGUCGCCGCCGCAAAUCUAGUGGUUAACCCAGCGCGGACCCACCCUUUGCAAUGAGCCCCCUGCUGCAGCCUGCGUUCCUGAUCUCCCUGGGCUUGCUCCUUGCCGGCCCAGCGGCUACUGCAAACCGCCCGCCACUGCUUGGUGGCUUUUCCUGGGAAAACUGUGGUGAGGAGAAGGACCCCGUAGUGUUAAAUAACCUGAUUCUGGAACCUGACCCUAUUAAAAUUCCUGGGACUGUGACUGUCAGUGUUGAUGUCAAGACCAUUAUCCGCCUCAAUAGUCCUCAGAAGGUGGAAUUAACUGUGGAGAAGGAAGUGGCUGGCAUCUGGAUUAAAAUACCAUGUGUGGAACAAACUGGUAGCUGCAUCUAUGAGAACAUCUGUGAUACACUUGAUGACUUAAUUCCCCCUGGGAGUCCCUGCCCAGAACCUUUGCACACCUAUGGGCUUCCCUGCCACUGUCCCUUAAAAGCAGGCGUCUACAUAAUGCCCAGGAGUAACAUCGAGCUCCCCAGCCUGCAGCUGCCUGCCUGGCUCAGCACCGGGAACUACCGAAUCAAGAGCAAACUGAGCAGCGGCGGGAACCAUCUGGCCUGCGUCAAGAUCUCUUUCUCCCUAAAGGCCAGAUAAGGUGGAACCUGCCACAGUGGAAUGAAGAGGGCGUGAAUGUCUCUGUCUUAUGCUGGCACUGGCCAAAUUCUACUGUCUGUCCUUUUUCAAGCCCCUUUCUACAAUGAUGAUGCUCCCCUCUCUGAAAGUCACAGUCACAUUUUAUGCCAUUUACACAAUUAUUAGGUGUGGACAAGCAGCCCUAACCUAAGGGAGGAUAAGCCGGUGCUUUUUGACACCCCAGGCCAUCUACUGGGCUGGCCACUGCAUUUUCUUUCUCAUCCCUAUUGCUUUCUAAGAGCUUAACUUGUUUGCUAAACCGUCAAGGAAUUGGACUAACAUGUUUUGUGACCCCAAGUUCAGACUGACCCAGUCACGUCUUCCUGAAGUACCUUUAUGGUUUUCUCAUUGCCUUUUUUUAUGUCACUGACCAGCCUAAAAGCAGAAUGACGGUAUUAACAGUUUUCAUUUUACUUCAACCCCUCUUACAAUGAAGGGCCUAAAGUAGUUGAUCUCAGUCUAUUCUUCCAUUAACUUCUAUGAUUAAUUUAGUGUUCUUUUCUAGACUUGCCCAGUUAACAGUGAGGCACAGUGUAUCCUGGAGAGGCAGGCCAUGUGGUGGGAGAGAUAUUUGAGAGUGCUUUAUGUGUUUAAGAUGGUCUGCGAACUCAGGUGCCUGCAGGGCUAAGCACAAGGCAUUAGUGAGUGAUGACCAGGAGGAACAUGUUGCUUCUGGGCACGUCUUCCAUUCUACUUUUGUAUAACAGCACUGAUCUGAGGCAGCUGCUGCCCACUCCCACUGGGGUUAUAAUCAGGGAUGUGGGACUGGGGUGAGUUGGAAAGUGCACAUCCAGUCAGUAGGGCAGCUGCUGUCUAGCUAUGGCCAGUAAGUACCACAUGAGAAUGUGGGUCCAACAUUGCCAAAUAUUCUGAAUUCUUUUUUCCUGAGAGAAGCCAGAAGUCCAGACUUUUAUAUGAAAUCAAUUUUUAAAUACUGGCAAUGAGUUAUUUUUUGAAACACUGAGCAGGCAGAAGGGGCCAAACAGACCUGUCAGUGGGGAAGUCUGACUCAUGGGUGGCCAAUUUGUGACCCUGGAUGUAAGAACAGGUAUGCCUUGUCCUUUUUGCCUGGAGACAACUCCUCUGGCACUGUUUCUCCUUCCAAUGGGCCAAAUCCAUCAUGUCUGACCCUAGAAGCCUCCUCCAGUGUUGUGGGGGUAGAUGCAGCCUCAGAGAUGUGAGCUCAGGGAAAAUGAGGCUGCCUCCCUGGCCUUCGAGCACUGCCAGGAUGAGUGGGGUAGAUGCUGAAGAGUUGGACCUCUAGCAGCUGCUGUGUGGAGUGGGGAUCCAGUGAAGAGAGGUGGACUUAUGCCAGCUGCCUGGGUUUGUUCACCGUCCUGUCCUACCAUGACACUGUUCUCACUCAUGAUCAACCCUGGGUUGUGGGUUCAUUGAAGCCUGGAAUGAUAAUAAAUCUUUUUAACUUUCUGAGAAUUC